AUGUGCCUGCUCAGUGCUCCUGCCAUGGCUCUACGAGCUGACGGAGCAGCUACCAAGCGCGCCAUGGUCCAUUCGUUGUUGCGCCCGAGGCUGUUCUUGCACCCUCCUCGGGGAGGACUCGGAGCAGACCCAUCGCAGGAACAAACGAAGGCAUUCGGGAAGCACACAGACGACAGGGAGACAGCGAGGAGAUGGUUGCUGUUUCAUAUGACCUUCACACUCAGAGCCGUGUGCGAUCGCUCCUGGGCGUUCUUCAUCAGCAUCAUGCUAUCGAGCCGCGUCGGCUCCCUGGUCUACCUCCUUCGGACUGCCAUCCAGAUCUCCUUCGGCCUCGUGUCCUGCCGGCAGAGCUGGGAAUGGCUCUCGCUACGCAAGACCGAGCACGUGGCCUGGCUGUUUAUGGUCCAGCAGGUGUCGCUCUUGGUGGUAGCGAUCCAGCUGUACAUGCUGGAGAAAGGAAGCGCUGCCAUGCCCAUGGUGCUGCUGCUAGGGAUCUUCUCGGGGAUGGAGAUGAUAUCAUCGCGGCACUUCAAGCGCGUCAAGGAGAAGAAGGACGUCUACGACCUCGUCACCCGUGACGCCCAAGGAAAGCAGCAAGAGAUCUCCUCCCGUCUUGCCGCAGCCAACUCGUUGCUGACGAGGAUCGACCUCCUGGUCGCCUGCCUCUGCCCGCUCGCUAUCAACUUCUCCAUGUCAGUCUUGGACAGACUGGGCACCAUGGCAUUGCUAGUCGCUCUCCAGCUUAUGUCCGUCUUGCUGCUCUCCUUCGCUCCCUCCUCCGACGUCUCCCUAGCGGGUCAGCCAAGUCCCAGCAUGUCUGUCAAACAGCAAGGAGACAAGGGAGGAGGCGCGGCUGCCGGGAGCCUCAAGCUGCGAGUUCUCGUGCUCGCUUACGGGCUCUUGUACUUCACCGUUGUGACUCCGGGAGGGCUGUUCAACAUGUACAUGAGAGAGGAGGGCCUCGACGUGCGGCUGCUGGGGUACUUCGGGAGUUUGGCUCAAGUUUGUGGCGUCUUGGCCACGUUUGCUGUGCCGGUGGCAGCGAGGAGGCUGGGCAUGUAUCCCUGCGCCCUCUUCUUCUCCCUGUUCCAGGCAGCAUGCGUUGCUGGGGUCGCUCUGCUCGCAGCUCGUGGCGAGCUGCCGUUGGCCAUGUGCCUCUGCGCCAUGUCGCGGUUCGGGCUGUGGGGGUUCGACCUCUCCCAUCGCACCCUCGUGCAAGUGCAGUCAGACGCGAGGCUGGGACUCUUCUUGCUGGAGGCGAGUUUGGCCGAGACCUUCUCGAUUGCCAUCUUCACUGCUAGCGCCAUCUCCAAGAGUUUUCGCUUCCUCUGUCAGGUCUCAGCCGUCGCCACGUGCUCGUCCUCAGCUCUUGUCCUGCUUUCCGCUCUCCUUCCGUCCGGCAGCAGCUCAAGCCGCAGCAUGUGA